UCUCUCUCUUCUAUCAAUCUUAUUACAGUCCAUGUGAAGUAAAGUUAACUCUCUCUCUCUCUAAGUUGUCCCCACGUUUCUUUGCUUAUUUUGUGGGUGCAAUUCGUCUCUUCAUUUUUCCUUUGGAACAUCAACAUCAACAACAACAAAAAGAAUGAAGAAAAAUUCCUCACUUUCAAUUUCCACAAUUUCAUUCUGAACGUUCUUUAAUAAAGGUAAUACAUUCUUCAGCUUUUAGCUUCUGGGUAUUCUUUUCUUGUCAUUUUAUUCAUCUGGGUACUGCUGCAUUUCUGAAUUCAUAGUAUGCAAUUUUACUUGUUUGGUUAAUUUUGGAUUUUGGUGAGCAGAAGCUAGUUUAGGAGUCAAACUUGAAAGUUUUGAGUUUUUAUGAUCUGGGAUUUGGUUACUGAGGAGCUUUGAUGCUGAAUUUUUGUAAAUUUGUGUUUCUGUUUACCUCUGGUUGAGCUUGAAGGGUGAAUGUAGUUUCAACAGUAAAGUAGUUAAAAGAGAUUAUUGUUUGGAAUUGGGUUUUAAAUGUUGGUUUGGAUUUCGACAUUUGAAGUGGAAGAGUAGGCAUGCUUGAGAUUUCUAAAUUUGGAUUGAAUAGGAUGUUGUAGAAUUGGAUGGUUGUGCAAAUGCAGAAUUUGAGGUUUGAUAUGGGAGUGUAGUUUCUUACACAUUUCUUUUAGGAUACAAAGAUGACUUCUAUUCUCCCAUUAACACCAUUGACUGCUUCACCACCGUCUCCUUCUUUGCCAUCAGAUGUUACACCUACUUCACCAUCUCCUGCCUCAACUAAUGUUAGUCAGACAGUUGCUCCUCCACUCCCUUCAACCACCCCAUCUAACGACUCUUCUACUCCACCCCCUCAAUUGCCCGCGCCCGCUACCCCAGCUAAUCCUCCACCAUCCCCUACAUUAUCACCCCCACCAUCUGAGCCACCUCCAUCACCCCCAACAUCGCCACCGCCAGCCCCUCCAUUAUCACCUCCUCCAUCACCAGUUAUUGCCCCUCCCCCAGCGGUCACUAUUUCACCGCCUCCUCCAGAUGUGUCCUCUCCACCACCACCAUCAACUGCCUCUCCCCCUCCUGAAUCCUCCCCAACAACACCUGUGCAAUCACCACCUCCCCCUGAAGCUGUCUCGCCUUCUCCUCCUCCUCCUCCAGUUAAUGUCCCUACACCUCCUGCCUCUGAUUCACCGCCUCCACCUAUAGCAAACUCCCCUGAAACUUCCCCUCCACCUCCAAAUGUUACUUCCGCACCAUCUAGUUCUCAGUCUCAUAGUCCCCCACCUGUGCCAGAUUCUCCUUCUCCUCCAGCACCUACAUUGUCGUCACCACCUCCUUUAACCUCUUUGCCACCUCCAAUAUCUCCUCCUGCUCCUACUGUUAAUUCAUCUACAACGGGAAAUUCUCCUUUGUCACCCCUACCAUCUAUCCCUACAGAAAAACCAACCGCAAGAACUACUGGCACCGAUUUUUCUACAAAUUCAUCAUCAAUAGGUUCUCGGGGUUUAAAUACGGGAAGUGCAGUGGCAAUGGGCAUUGUGGUUGGGUUUGUAGCGCUGAGUCUUCUUGUGAUGGCCGUGUGGCUUGUACAGAGACGGAAAAAGAAGCACGAUAAAUCAAAUAUGGGGUACAUUAUGCCUUCCCCAUUCGCCUCCUCCCAGAAUUCAGAGGCAUUAUUUUUGAGGCCCCAAUCUCAAGGUCGUUCGCGAGGAAGCCCUGCUGGCAGUGAUUUCAUCUAUUCUCCAUCAGAGCCUGGAGUAAACAAUUCGAAGUCAUGGUUUACAUUUGGGGAACUAGCUCAAGCCACAAAUGGGUUUUCAACAGAGAAGCUUUUAGGGGAAGGUGGAUUUGGUUGUGUGUAUAAAGGUGUCCUUGUGGAUGGUAGAGAAGUAGCUGUAAAACAAUUAAAGAUAGGUGGUUCUCAAGGAGAGCGUGAGUUCAAAGCAGAGGUUGAGAUUAUUAGCCGAGUACAUCACCGUCAUUUAGUUUCAUUGGUGGGUUACUGUAUAUCCGAGAAUCAAAGGUUGCUUGUCUACGACUACGUUCCAAAUGAUACUCUUCAUUACCAUCUCCACACUUAUGGCAUGCCAGUUUUGGAUUGGGCAAUUCGGGUGAAGGUUGCUGCUGGCGCAGCUCGUGGCAUAGCUUACCUGCAUGAAGACUGCCAUCCCCGCAUUAUCCACAGGGAUAUCAAGUCGUCAAACAUCCUUCUUGAUCUUAAUUUUGAAGCUCAGGUUGCAGAUUUUGGACUUGCUAAAAUAGCACUGGAGCUGGAUUCGAAUACACAUGUAUCAACACGUGUUAUGGGAACCUUUGGGUACAUGGCUCCUGAGUAUGCAACCAGUGGCAAGUUGACUGAAAAAUCUGAUGUUUAUUCAUACGGGGUUGUGCUUUUGGAGCUAAUUACAGGUCAUAAACCUGUGGAUGCCUUUCAGCCAUUGGGAGAUGAAAGCCUUGUUGAAUGGGCUCGACCAUUGCUUUCUGAAGCGCUAGAUAAUGAAAACUUUGAAGCCAUCGUCGAUCCAAGGCUGGAGAAGAAAUAUGUGGCUAGAGAAAUGUUUCGGAUGAUUGAGGCAGCUGCAGCUUGUGUGCGCCACUCAGCUGCAAAAAGGCCACGAAUGAGUCAGGUGGUGAGAGCGUUCGACUCGUUAGACGAUAUGUCCGAUCUAUCUAAUGGGGUAAAACCUGGUCAAAGUGAAAUUUUUGAUUCGAGACAGCAAUCUGCACAGAUCAGAAUGUUUCAGAGGUUGGCAUUUGGUAGUCAGGAUUAUAGUUCAGAAUUUUUUGAUAACAGUCAAAGCAGUUGGAGAAGUCGAGAACAAGGAAGCCGUAGUAACUUCAUACCCUAAAGGAAUCUCUAUAUAAGAACAAGUGACUUGCUUUCAAAGCUUCCUCAGCAGGUUUGGCUAUCCUGAAUUUGUAUAACUGGAAUUCGGUAACAACUGAUUCAAAAGGGUAGCAACAAUUUCGCCGUCCUUCAUUUUUCGAGGCCCUCGAUGAUUUUGUUCAUCUUAGAGCCAGGUCACCCUCAGUAACAUUGCCUCUUGCAUUUCAAUUUUUGUAUUUUUUACUCCCCGUCAUUCAGCUAAUAUGAUUUUUGCCCUGUAUUCUUUGCUGUUUAAAGUAAUUAAUGAUUUUACAUUUUUGUAUUUAAAUGUAUCAAAUUAGUGAAAAUUUUGGUAUCAGCUUUGGGGAUACCAAAAUCAUUAGUUUUUUGAUCUAUGAAAGGGGAACGGGAUUUAAAUUCGAUACCUAAUGAAUAUUUGUCGUGUCCAGAUAGAUUCUAUGUCUGCUCGUUACGGUACAGUAUAACUACAACCUGUAAGCCGGGAAUAUUAGAACGAGAUUGGGAUGGCUUUAUAUCCCAAUGUUUGAUUCCAGUAUUGAAGAUAUUAAUUUGUUUA